UCGCACCCGAUGUCAUUGUCACUUCGACCGUGCAGCCUGAAGGUAACGCGCGCUCACUUCCAAAGUCGCGGGUUUCGUCGUUCGCUGGUUGUAACCACGGCCACGGCCAUACAGUGUGUGUGUGUGUUGCAUCUCUUAGGUGAAGUUAAAAAGCAAUACUGAAAUUCGACACCAAAGAUACGCAAAAAAUGGGCAUCGUUACAAGCCCGUAGCUCGUUUAGUGCAGUGUGUUUCGUAGCGUGUUGCGAGUGAGAGUGUAGUUUAGCCACCAGUUCGAUUUACUUGUGCUAGUGUGAGCAGUGGAAAAGAGUUUUUCGUGUGAGUGUUAAGUGUGCGAUAAGCGUAGGAAAACUGAUAACAACACGGUCGUAGCUGUGCGAAAAGGUAGCUGGAAACACACUCUCUCUCUCCCUGGUAUAUAGCCGGCAAAAGCUGUGUGUGUUGCGAAAUCAGUGCGAAACUGCAUGACAAUAAAUGGCACAAUACACGGAAGUGACCGGCGGAGGAGUUUAAGUAGCGCUGACGUGAACAAUGCACGAAAUAUAGCGACCAAGGUGAGCAAUCACAUCAGGCACGGAUGAGCCGGACCUACCACAGUUGGAAAGGGACAAGCAAUAAGUACGGAAAGCAAUUUGGAAUUCAUACACCAAUAGCGUAGACAAGUAGUAGCGUAGUAGCACGAUAAGGAAUAGCGCUUGAUCGUGCCAGUCAACCGCCCAGAGAAAGGAUACAUUCUUCAGGUGCUUGUUCGAUUCACCGGCAGCUCAACGGGCGUCAGCGGCCCUCGAACAUUCGAAAGCUUAGCGAACGCGUGAACACCAGUGCGUGUGAGACACAGCGAACGCCACACCGAUGACCAUGGCGGACGAUAUACCUUCGUCGGCGCGCCCUGCGUACAAAAAGCGCAGCUCGUCGAUUUCGGCCCCAGCCUGUGCUAGCUUGGAGACGAUCAUCAGCCCACCGUCGGAGGGCGAUACGCCCGAGAGCGGCACGCCUGGCUACCGGCGAAGGAAGCCGGCAACGCGAUCGCAAAGUGCACGCAUCACGGGACCACGAUCGGUUCGCCGUAAGCCACAGCCCCCACCUCCCACACUGCAGGACUCGCGGGGACACUGCACCAGUGAGCCCAGGCUGAAUGAUUCAGAAACACCACCGCCACAGAAACGACGUGGCUCGCAAAGGCGUCCAAUGCACAAUUCAGAGCGGCGCCACCAAAAUGUAAGGAUUAAGUUAGCAACACCAAGGAAAUCGAACGCUUUUCUGGACGUGCCGCAGAUCAACCUACAGCACCUGCAGAUAGACGAUCAGGACGACGAUGACAAUAUUAGACUGAGAACGUUCAGCUCAUCGAAGCAGGGCGUCGUAAAUCGGGGCGACUCGUUUCGUAGGCGACGCUCGAGAAGCAACAGCUUGGCACCGGUGAGCCCCGUGCGGGCUCCCGUCGACGAGGUCCUAACACCACCGACCGCUCCGAUCGAAUCCUACUGCGUAUUCAUGAUUGGAGCGCCGGGCGUUGGCAAGGGAGCGCUGCUGUCACAGUUUCGAUCGUCGGAAUGUAUUAAUGCUUACGAUACGCGAGAGUCUCCGGGCGAACAGAAUAUAUCCAUCAUUCUGAAUGGCGAAGAGUCGGAGCUGAAGUUUGUCACCGAUAGCAUGGGCAACAAGGACGAAAUGCUCAAGGCGGACGCAUUUUUGGUGGUGUACUCCGUGGUGGAUAAGGCGACAUUCAGCCGGGCCGACCAGCUGCUCAACAUGCUGCACGAUAUGGACGUGAGCCGGUCGCGGCCAACAAUACUGGUGGCGAACAAGAUCGAUUUGGCCCGAUCACGAGCGGUUUCUUCGCAGGACGGGAAAUGUCUUGCCUGUACGCACAAAAUCAAAUUCAUCGAGGUAUCGGUAGCAAUCAACCAUAAUGUGGACGAAUUGCUUGCCGGCAUCCUGUCGCAGAUACGCCUCAAGCGGGAGCAGUCCGCCGUACAGGGCAUUCGAGAACCAUCGUCUGCACACUGGUACAAAAAUCGCAGCGUUGUGCGGGCAUCGAUGAAGGCUCGCCAAAUGAUCACGUGGGUGUUCGGCAAGGAGGAUUCAAAGUUUAAAAAUUGCGAAAAUCUUCAGGUGCUGUAAGCCCAGCCGGGGUGUAAUGUUAACGGGGGGGAGGGGACAUACACCAAACUUACAAUAACAUUUUACGUGUGGAUCAGGUUGAUUCUUAUCUUGUUUGCGUAUUCAAGCGCCGUUCAUUAGAGAAGCAAGUAAGUGAAAUUGAAAAUGCGAUACAAACGAUGACUUUAGGGUUGAUUCGAUGGAAUCAGCGGAAAAAGCCUACAGCAUAAAAGAAAUAUAUAAAAUCAUAAAUGGAAAACAGAAAAAGAUAAGACAGAGAGCAGAGUAAAAAAGCAACCAAAUGCAAACAACUAAACAGCAACAACAACAACAUCAAACCGCAACAUUGAUAUCGUUUACACAUCUAUAUGCUAAAAGUGCCUUUGUCAGCGUAUCUGAAACUGCUUAGAUAUGUAUAAUGAAAUGCGAUCAGUAGAAAGCAAUGUAUAGGAUGGUUUCCCAUGUCUACGGGACGAUUCGUGGAGAACAUAUUGAAUGCAAAAGAGGCGUACAGGGUGCUAAGGGCACAAUAUGUGUGAGGUUAUGUGUGUGUUCGGUUCAAUCGAUAGCAACCGGACACUCGACUCAAAACCAAUGGAAAAAAGGGGAGAAAGAUAUAGUUUAAAUAGCAGAAUGACAGCUGUUGGUUCUAUAACGUCAGCGAAACAACCGACAGAAGGCAAAACGGAAAGGGUAAAUCAAAUUAACCUUUAAGCAAACUUCAUACCAUGUGCCAUGAUGCUGCAAGUCCUUAGCAAAUCCUUUCUAGUUCAUCCGUAGAAGAAUCACUCCUAACAACUCUUUACUUGGUAACAAAUAAACUCCGUAAGGUUUGAAACGUCUCCUACGUAUAGCGUUGAGCGGAUUGCAGAAAAAAAACAGAAACAUAUACACACACAUAUACACAUAAUAUACCUAUACAUAGAUCUUUUCUACGUGAUGAAAGUGGUAAGCAUAAUAAGCCCAUUGUUGUAGCAGAAUGAUUUGUAAUGACGCAAGGUGCAAGAAAAAAUAAAGCAACUUUAAAGUAAUUCAACAACCCAUAACAAACUGAAACCCGAAAGCACGCAGUAAGAGAAAGAAAGAAAAAAUAAUACAGAAAGAAGUUAUAAAAACAGAAGUAAAUAAAUAAGAAGUUAUAGACCACGAGGAUAGAACAGAGCGCGUGAACAAGUGCGCUCAACCAGCAACAAUAACAAUACGUGAAAAUGGCAGCAAUAUAGAAGCAAACUUUAAACUAAGCUAAGCGUCUUAAACAAAUAUUCUAACAAACAGCUGACACGUGUUACAACCACUGCGCGACACCAAAAACGGCAGUUUAUAUAGUCAGUAAAAAAAAAGAAAGAAAGAAGCGAAACACCAUUUGUAUCCGUACUUCGCAACAUCAUCUCAACCGAAAGCAUCAGGCUCAUCAGCAUCGUUGUUCCCACUGUAUAGGGAAAAGAACAAACCGCAAAUACUACAUCCAUUUAGUGUAAUAAGAGUAAAAAAAGAGAGCAAAGAGUUUCAAAUUAACGGCUGUUGGCCUCGCCACGGCUGCAGUGGGUGGUGGGGUGUGAUAGUGUUGUGUGGAAACAAAACACAAAGUGUUAAUAUUAUUCGUUAACUGUAUUCGUUGGGUCAGUGUUUUUUGUGUGAGUGUGGAUGGUAGUUAAAUUAUCAACUCUAGCGCGUAGAAAAUGAAUAACUACCUAUAAAACGGUUGCAAGUUGCAUAAGAAAAGUUAAAGCGAAUAACAAAAUAUGGAUAUAAACGGCAAAAACAGCGCCUGUUGCGCUACAUUUGCGACGCUACACUCUCCGCGGCACGUUGAAAUAAUUUAACUUUUGAACCUUAACCAUUAAAUGUAAUAUGUUGUUUCGAUAUCUUGUGUCGUCGUCCACCGCACUGUAUAUUGUGAACAUUAUUUCCAUCGAACAUGAUUAACCUAACCUUGUUAAAAAUACAAACUCGACAAUAAUAUGUGACGCGGUUCUGUUUUGAAAUGUUUUGAGUGUUUCAAUGCGCAUUCUGGCCAUGCCGUACUUGUAAUCCCUUGUCGCGUGUUUCCUUCCUUAGCGAUAAGUAACGAUAUGAAUGAAUCUUCCUGUUCCUAAACCGUACGUGUAAUGGCACAAACAUGUUGGAUAAAGGUUGAAAAAAACUCUCACAACCAUUUACGAUAGUGUAGCUCGAAAAUAGGAAUCGAAAAUCAGUGUUUCACCAUCACCCAUUAUCUUUACGCACUCACGACCUGCACACCCACGGACCUGCACGAACCUGUACGCCUUCCCACACUGGAACCACUGGAGUCCAUUUUUCCCAUUUUCCGAUUUGUAGUGAAGAUGGCAUACCAUCGUUUUUGCUAUCGUAUUUUUCUUAAACCGCCUUGAAAUGUUGCCAAACUAAUAAUAACCGAGCGGUGCACCACAGCUUGGACAGAUGAUAUCGUUUAACACACCUAGCACUUGCAACACACAAACACACAUCCGUCGUAUACAGGUUUAAUGCGCACUCAUACACCCACAGUUAUUCACAGCCUAUGGUUGUUAUUGGAUCAUGUUCAUAUUAUACCGGGAGGUCAUCCUUAUAGUGACUACAACACUACUUUAUGUACGAAAUAAUGCGCAACGUAAUGCGACAACAAACCCGAAAUCAAAAUAAAAUGCACACAAAAACACACCAAUUCACAUCAACAAGCGAUUUGGUGCGCAUUCGAAAGCAUUGGAAUAAUAAUCACCAAGCGUAGGGAAAAACGAAAUAAAACAGAGAGAAGAAAAUCAAACAAAUUAAAAAAAAACAAACUAUAUAUCAAACAAGCGAAGAUGAAGUGAAAAAGAAAACGUUCGCACUGUGUAUAUCAAACAUAAAAAAGAAUUAAAAAAAAAAGUUGAUAACUUGUUAACUGUGGGCCCAAAGAUAAUAAUAAUAAUGUUAGAGCGUGUAAAGAACGUAUGCAGCGUAAGGAAGAUGAACGACAAGAAUGGAUCCCUCUCCUCUGUGCUAUUGCUUCCAUUUUCUUCUACUGUAGAGCUCGUUUCCCUUGCAGUUUUGUGCCCAAAUGAGUUGGCGGAAGGCAAAACAGAAACAACAAAAAGCAAAAAAUUAAGAAACCGAUCAGAUCGUCCACAAAUCACGCAUCCAGAGCCUGCCAUUUGGGGAGGGUGUGGAAACUUGUUAGCAUAUACUUAGUUUAACUUUUCUAUCACUUAGUGCAUCACUUUACCUUUAGCUAUACUUUUUCUACAAAUAAGCAAGAACGUCCCAAUAUUCUAUAAAAGUUUUGGGGGAAAAGGGAUUAGUUGCAACAACCAAUAUGGUAUGCGCAGGGCCACUGUACAGGUGGCAUAAAUAUGGAAGAAAAA